AUGAAAAGAUUUUCAAGUUUAAUUAGAUUUGGUAGAAUUCUUAGUUCAGCAAAUCCAAAAGAAAACAAGUUUACCAAUGAAUUACAAGAGAUAGCUAGAAAUGAUAGUGGACUAAUUGCUGUAUGUUAUACAUUUAUCAAUUAA